GAGCUGUUAGUUCACGAUUUUCCUCCCACAAGUGGAAGAUGGGGUUAUAAACCUGCAUUCAGGUGAAGAGUAGCAGAGCUGGGAUACCCAACAGGCCUUAGCCCGUUCUUUGUGAAGGGGCUGCGGGUCUGGUUUUGGGAGCCUCAUGUCUGGCGAAGGGUGCUUCAGCUGAACUCUAAUUGUGCUGCAGCUGCUGAGCCCUCCAGUUGUACUUCUGGAGAUAUCGUAGGUGCUGGGGACUUCAGCUGCUGUGUGCAUAUCAGAUUCAGCUACCCAGGAACAUGAUUGAAAACAGCAUGUUUGAGGAAGAGCCUGAUGUGGUUGACUUGGCAAAAGAGCCCUGUUUACACCCCUUGGAGCCUGAUGAAGUUGAAUAUGAACCAAGAAGCUCACGGCUCUUAGUGCGUGGCCUCGGGGAGCAUGAAAUGGAUGAUGAUGAAGAGGAUUAUGAGUCAUCAGCAAAACUGCUGGGGAUGUCCUUCAUUAACAGAAGCUCGGGUCUCCGGAAUAACAUGUCUGUCUAUAGACAAAGUCCAAAUGGUUCUUGCUCAGUGCCCUCUAUGAGGACCAUGCUGGUUUGCACUGGUGUUCUUGUGAUUGCAGUUUCAGUGAUAAUGGUGAUUUAUCUUCUUCCCAAAUGUACCUUUACCAAAGAAGGCUGCCAUAAAAAAAAUCGUACAAUGGAACUGAUAUAUCCUUUGGCAACCAAUGGAAAGCUGUUUCCAUGGGCAAAAAUAAGACUUCCUUCUGAUGUUGUACCACUGCAUUAUGAUCUUGACUUGCAGCCAAACCUAACUACCCUGAAAUUUACAGGCUCUGUGAAAAUAAUGGUUAAUGUCACCCAAGUAACUAAGAAGAUUGUGCUUCACAGCUCAGGACUAAAUAUCACCAAGGCAACUAUUACUUCAUCAGGAGGAAGUCAAGAAAAGGCAGUUGAGUUGCUGGAAUAUCCAUUGCAUGAUCAGAUAGCAGUCAUAGCUCCUGAGUCUCUCCUUGCAGGACAGAAUUACACAGUCAACUUGGAAUAUUCAUCUAAUUUAUCAGAUACAUACUAUGGCUUUUACAAAAUUUCUUACAAGGAUGAGAAUUCUAAGCAAAGGUGGUUUGCUGCAACUCAGUUUGAACCUCUUGCUGCAAGGUCUGCUUUUCCAUGCUUUGAUGAACCAGCACUUAAAGCUACUUUUUCAAUCAGAAUCAAGAGAGAUGAGAAACUUUCCACGCUGUCAAAUAUGCCAAAGAAAGCCACUACUCCUGUGACAAAGGGAAUUGUUCAAGAUGAAUUUUUUGUGAGUUUGAAGAUGAGCACCUACCUGGUAGCCUUUGUUGUUGCAGACUUGAAAAACAUCAGUAUGGAAACUAAUGGGAGUCUGGUAUCUGUCCAUGCCAUCCCGCAGCAUAUAAACCAAGUGGAGUAUGCUCUAAACACAACUGUGAAACUUCUAGAAUUUUAUGAAAAGUACUUUUUAAUAAAUUACCCUCUUGAAAAAUUAGAUCUCGUAGCAAUUCCUGAUUUUCAGUCUGGUGCAAUGGAAAACUGGGGCUUGAUCACCUUCCGCGAAACAACACUCUUGUUUGACAGUAAUGCUUCUUCUGCAAGAGAUAAAAAGCUAAUUACUGCAGUGAUAGCUCAUGAGCUUGCUCAUCAGUGGUUUGGCAAUCUAGUAACUAUGGAGUGGUGGAAUGAUCUCUGGCUGAAUGAAGGAUUUGCCACUUUCAUGGAGUACUUCGCGAUGGAGGAGAUUUUUCCAGAAUUACAUUCGGAUGAAGAUUUCCUAAAUCUAAUAUUCAAGGCUAUGAUGAAGGAUUCCUUGAAUUCUUCACAUCCAGUCUCUUCUGCUGUCCAGUCAUCAGAGCAAAUCGAAGAAAUGUUUGAUGCACUCUCUUACAUCAAGGUAAUAUAAAAAAAAAUGUAGAAA